UCUGGGACUUCGUUAGAGGGGCUUGGGGCAUCAUUUUUGAUUCGAUUGUGAUUCCCGCAAUGUGCUCUUUAGCAAAUGCAAUAUUUUGGUUCUUAAUUUCAUUUACAAAAUAUUGGCCGAAUGGUCUUAGCAAAAUAAAGAAAACCUUGCACGCUUGUUACUGACAAUUGUAGCAGAGUUCUGUGCAUCGCGUGCGUGAUAUAAUUUUCAUCUGUGGUGAACUAUUUGUUUAUGAUUAUGGCUUGAAACGAUCGUAAAUAUCUUUUUAUAAGCGACUAAAAUGAUGGCGCUUGAUUUUUCAAAAAUCUGCCGGGUUUGCCUAGGCGAAGGGGUCAUGAUGUCGUUGUUCAAAGUUAAUGUUUCGAAAAAAUUAAUGUCUUGCGCCUCGAUACAGGUCUGGCAGAACGAUAGACUGCCGUCCCAGAUAUGCAACAGGUGCAGCGCAAAGCUGCACAUCGCGUUCCAGUUCAAAAAGCAGUGCCAAAAGUCGGACGCCACUCUGAGGCAGUAUCUGGUCAAUUCGGAAGCGCAAGGUAACAAAGUGCCCGAAGGGCAGAUCGCAACCCAAAACGACGACGUCAACAAGCUACCGAACGUUCAAAUCGGUAACCUGCCUGCUAUUACGCAGGCGCCUUGUAUUUUUAUAGAGAACGCAAACGAGGCCCCAAGUGACAUGCAUUUCAUGCACGUACCCCAAAACCACGCCGCGAAUCAGGCGAAUUUUAUAAUUUCCGGCCAGAGCGGCUUGCAACUGUCCAGUUACAAUGUGCAAGGGGUGGGACAAAUCGUUUACGACAAUCAGUACGAUGCGUCGGCGGUGCAGCAGCCCGCGGAAGUUCACGCGGAGAUGUUGCCGGCCGAAGGUCCCCUCUCGAAACUAAACGAUAGCUCGGGGCAGCAGAAAGGGGGGAAAACGUGCCCGACUUGCAACAAAACUUUCGGCACGUCCACCAAGUUGAGCCGCCACGUGAAGACCCAUUCCGGGGACAAGCCUUACAAGUGCACAAGUUGCCCCAAACAGUUCACCCACAGCGGCAAUUUCAAGAUCCACAUGCGGAUGCAUACGGGGGAGCGGCCUUUCAAGUGUCCCGUGUGCGAUCGGGGGUGCAGGCAGGCGCAGGACCUAGAAAAACACAUGCGUACCCAUACAGGCGAGAGGCCUCACAAGUGUCCGAUAUGUCCCAAGGCCUUCUCGACCAGUUCCAAUCUGAUCGCUCACAUCAGAACGCACACGGGAGAGAGACCGUACGUCUGUUGCGUGUGUCAAAAGGCGUUCUGCCAGUCCAACGAGCUCACUAAACACAUGAGAACUCACACGGGGGAGAAGUCUCACAUUUGCGACGUCUGCCACAGAGGUUUCAAUGGAUCGAGCACCCUCAUAGUGCACAAGCGGUCGCACACCGGCGAACGGCCGUACGUUUGCAAGGUGUGCGACAAGGGAUUCACGCAGUCGAGUUGUCUCGCGGUUCACCUCAGGAAACACAAAAACGUCAUGUGUUGCGCGCACUGCAAGAGUCACUUUACGGACGAGAGCGAGUUUAGGGAACACCUCGUCGAGCGGCACCGUUUGAGCGACUCGGACGCGUACGACGUCUUCCGGCACGUGACGGACCGCAGCGAGCACGCGUGCAACCUGUGUUCCCAGAAGUUCACCAAAGCGAGCGAGUACAAAAAACACCUUUCUCAACAUUUGAACCUCCAAGAGGCUUAGAUCGUUUUUUUUUUAUCGUAAUUAGUUUGAUGACCUGUGAAAGUAUUAAAUCAU